AUGGCGCACAUAAAUACCAACAUCCGUAUCAAAGAAAAAGAUUUAUCAUCAAAAUUUAUUCUAUACUUGACCACAAUAUCUUUUGUUGUAACUUAUAUUCGCACGUAUCCCGAGUUGAUUAUACAAAGAAAUUGUAAAAAUACGCAUCAAUUAAAGGAUCAUAAUGCAGAAUUGUUGGAAAGAAUUUUGAGCAAUCGUCGUGAAGAUGAGAAAAUGUUUACGUUUUUACGCCCGUUAAGUAAAGGAGGAAGUAAAGCUACUAAAUUAUUGAUAGCAUCAAAUAAUGCUAAAUUUAGUACAUUCGGUGCAUUGCAAAAAGGUUAUGCGAAUAGCGAUCCACAUUAUAAUAAUAUUAUAACGGAAUCCCAUGGGAAAGUUGGUUUAAUUACGUUAAAUCGCCCAAAAGCGUUAAACGCUUUAUCGAACGAUUUAUUCCAUGAAGUUAAUGAUGCUUUAGUAAAGUAUGACGAUGAUUCCAACAUUGGUGCUAUUGUUAUUACCGGCAAUGAACGUGCUUUUGCAGCGGGAGCUGAUAUUAAAGAAAUGUCGGAUCAGACAUUCGCUCAGGUGUAUAAAUAUAAUUUUCUUGGACAUUGGGGAAAAAUUAAUGAUAUCAAAAAACCAACUAUUGCUGCUGUUAAUGGUUUUGCCUUGGGCGGUGGAUGCGAAUUGGCCAUGUGUUGUGAUAUAAUUUAUGCUGGUGAAAAAGCAUUAUUCGGACAACCAGAAAUCAAGUUGGGUAUUAUUCCAGGCGCUGGAGGAACCCAACGAUUAGUUAGAGCAAUAGGAAAAUCUAAAGCGAUGGAAAUUGUAUUGUCGGGUCGUAAUUUUAGUGCUCAAGAAGCUGAAAGGUGGGGUUUGGUUAGUAAAAUAUUGCCUUCCGAUAAAGUACUUGAUGAAGCCAUAAAAUUGGGUCAAGACAUUGCAAAUCUUUCCCAACCGGCUAUUCAGGCUGCUAAAGAAUCAAUUAAUGCAGCAUUUGAAUUAUCCUUGAAGGAAGGAUGUCACUUUGAAAGAAGAUUAUUCCAUAGUCUUUUUUCAUUGAAUGAUCAGAAGGAAGGAAUGAGCGCUUUUGUUCAAAAGCGAGAGCCCAAAUGGACAAAUGACUAG